AUGUUGAUUAGUUCAGCAGCAGAGAAGCACACUGAUCGAACCCUUUCAUAUCCCUACAGGAGUGAGCUGCUGCUGAAGAACAGUCUCGACACCGCACAAUUCUGCAUUGACGACAUUGAUUCUUUCGUCCAUUUAGAGAUCCAACCACACCAAGCUUCCCAGCUAAGAGAGAACGAUCGGAUCAAGAGACUACCCGGGCAGCCGGAGGCUGACUUCGAGCAGUACGGCGGGUAUGUCACGGUGGACCAGGUAGCAGGCCGGGCUCUUUACUACUACUUUGUCGAGACGAAGACCUCUCAGAAGCAUUCCUUACCCCUUCUUCUUUGGCUUAAUGGAGGCCCGGGUUGUUCUUCUUUUGGCUACGGUGCAAUGCAAGAACUCGGGCCAUUUCAUGUCUGCAGCGACGGGAAAACACUCUACAAGAACAAAUUUUCCUGGAACAAUGCUGCAAAUGUGCUGUUCCUGGAGUCGCCGGCGGGUGUCGGCUUCUCCUACUCCAACACCACGGCGGACUUCACUACCGGAGGGGACAGGCGAACCACGAUUGAUAACUAUGCAUUCUUACUCAAUUGGUUAGAAAGAUUUCCCGAGUACAAACGUAGAGAAUUUUACAUAUCCGGAGAGAGCUAUAUCGGGCACUACGGGGCAAUGUUGGCACAAACAAUUCUACACAACAAUAGAAAGGCCAAGACUACUUUGAUUAACCUCAAAGGAAUCAUUAUCGGGAACCCAUCGUUAGAGGAUGAGGCUGACGACAGAGGUAUGAUCGAGUAUCUUGGAAAUCAUGCCAUAAUUUCCGGGGAGACUACAGCACAAAUUCUCAAGCACUGCGAUUUCCCUAUAAACAUCGAUAAGGGAUCAUCAUAUAAAUGCCUAGAGGCUCAGGAAGAACUUAAUACUAACAUAGCUGGUAUUAAUCCGUACAACAUCUACGCACCAUUGUGCUUGAAUUCAAACCUCACUGAGAAGCCUAAGAAGACUGCAGGAAGGGAUAUCGAUCCAUGCAUCCUCAGUUAUGUGAAUGCAUACCUAAACAGAGCAGAUGUUCAACAGGCACUACAUGCUAAUGUUACUAAACUUCACUACGGAUGGAGCGGAUGCAGUGUCGUCAUCAAGGAAUGGACAGAUUCCCCAUCAACAGUCAUGCCCCUCAUCAAAGACCUCCUUGGCAGCAAUCUUCGAGUUUGGAUAUAUAGUGGGGAUGUGGACGCAAGAAUACCAUUUACUACGACAAAUCUUUGCUUUGAAAAGAUGAAGCUUCACCCUAAAUCCGCAUACCUUCCUUGGUACUCAGGAGGACAGAUUGGAGGGUAUACCCAGGAAUAUGAAGGCAACCUAAGAUUUGCUACGGUAAGAGGGGCAGGGCAUCAAGUGCCAGCCUACCAGCCUGAAAGAGCUCUCACCCUCAUUCGACAUUUUCUUGCUGGAAAAGAUCUUCCUACUAGAGAUUGA